GAACUUCGCAUCCGUCUAGUUGGCAAGUCAUUGCCUCGACAGGUACAUAGCGAACACUUACACGCAAAGAGUGCUAUACGGCGCGCAGACAGAUGAAGAAGCGAUACGUUUCCUCGUGCGGUCUAGUGAUCGAAGGCAGCUGGUUGUUCUUCUCCAUUUCGUUUGUAACGAAAGGACGCUGCACGACCGUUGUCUGUCUAGCCAAGCUUGAACGCAAGCUCAUUUCUUUUCCGGGCUCUCGUGGACCUCAUCUUCUCGCCCUCCAACGUUUCCUCAAAGCCGUCGUUCGUCCGCUCCCCCGUUCGUCCUCCGUGCUGCAGGCAGUGCUCAGUUCUCGAAGACUCCCCCGCAUUCUCAUUGAGUCCAGAGGCCGGAGAUUUUCACUGUGCAAAGCCGAUGUAAUAAUUCGCGAGAGGAGCUUCCUAACAGUCCCUAUUCUCCGAUGUCGAGAUGCAGCCACAAGUCUGUGGCUUAUUGGCGAAGUCAAUAUUCAGAAUGGGGAGUGCUGGCAGGAGGUGCAAGAAAGGUGGAGGUUUAUGAGUCAGCAAACAACAUCUCUGCAAGCUGUGCUGAUCGAUGAACUCGUGCAUGUCCGCGGACGCUUACAACAGGCGUGCCGUCCCGGAAUCAACAGGACGCGUCGUCUGCUCCAUUGAACCCCGCACAUGCUUACUUAAACCUUUUCGAAGCUCUUUGAAGUCUGUCCCGCAUCGGUCGUGGGCGCGUUCAUAAGUCUGUGGGCCAAGCCGGUCGUUCUGACGAGAUUGGAUGAACUG